GUUUGCAGAUUUACGCAGGCGCCGGAAUAACGCGCGAAAGAGGAAAUGUAAAGAUGACGGUGGAAACAACAGAAAUUAAUGCUACCCAGAUUGAAGUAAGGGGAAGUUUGAAAGAAGAUGCUCACAGUAGUGAAAAAGUGGAUUCAGGGAUGGAUGAUGAUAGCCAGCAGUCUAAUGACCAAGACAUACACUUGAGUGAUGAGGAAGAAAAUGACAUAUUGAUAGGCAGAAAAUCAAAACAGAGUAAGAGGAUAUUGGAUGAUGAGGACGAUGAAGAAGAGGAGAGUACUCAGGGGGAAGGAGAAACAACAAUAGAAGAAAAAGAUGUCAGGAGAACAGAGAGUGAAUCACCAUUGGUGAUAGAUGAAGCUCUAACCAAAGCAUUGGAAAGUGGAUCCGAGAAUGGUAGCGAUAGUGAUGAUGAUGAUGAUGAAAUAACUUUAGGUUCUGUUAUAAAGAAGAAAAGAAUUGCUGCUGUAUUUGAUGAUGAUAGCAACGAUUCUACCAAAG